AUGCUAACAUUCCCACCUCCGAACCUAGUCAUGCUAUCAUUCCUACAUGCUAACCUUCCCUCUUCCCACCCUAGUCAUGCUACCCUUCCUACUUCCAAACCUAGUCAUGCUAACCUUCCUACCUCCCACCCUAGUCAUGCUACCGUUCCUAGCUCCAACCCUAGUCAUGCUAACCUUCCUAGCUCCCACCCUAGUCAUGCUACCCUUCCCUCUUCCCACCCUAGUCAUGCUACCCUUCCUAACUCCCACCCUAGUCAUGCUAACCUUCCUACCUCCCACCCUAGUCAUGCUACCCUUCCCUCUUCCCAUCCUAGUCAUGCUACCCUUCCUAGCUCCAACCCUAGUCAUGCUACCCUUCCUAGCUCCAACCCUAGUCAUGCUACCCUUCCUAGCUCCCACCCUAGUCAUGCUACCCUUCCUAGCUCCCACCCUAGUCAUGCUACCUUCCUAGCUCCCUAG